UGGUCGCGCGCUCGGGGCCUCGGGGGGCGGGGCCUCGGAGGUAGCCCGGCUUGGCCCGGCCCGCGCCGCCAUUGGCGGGAAGCGGCCCCGCCCCCGGACAGGCCCCGCCCCCGCCCGUUAGGUUGCGGCGCGGGCGGCGGGCGGAGCUGGUCCCGUUGUGCUGCGCUCCGCGCGGCCUGUAGUCCCGGGCCCGCCGCCGCCCGCGCCCGCGCCCGCCGCCCGCCGCCCGCCAUGGAGUCCGGCCCCGACGGCCCCGCCGCCAUCCGCGACGGCUGGUUCCACGAGACGUGCAGCCUGUGGCCCGGCCAGGCCCUGUCGCUGCAGGUGGAGCAGCUGCUGCACCACCGGCGCUCGCGCUUCCAGGACAUCCUCGUCUUCCGCAGCAAGAGCUACGGGAACGUGCUGGUUCUGGACGGGGUCAUCCAGUGCACCGAGAGGGACGAGUUCUCCUACCAGGAGAUGAUCGCCAACCUGCCCCUGUGCAGCCACCCCAACCCGCGCAAGGUGCUGAUCAUCGGGGGCGGCGACGGCGGCGUCUUGCGCGAGGUGGUGAAGCAUCCGGCGGUGGAGGCCGUGGUCCAGUGUGAGAUCGACGAGGACGUCAUCCAAGUCUCCAAGAAGUUCCUGCCGAGCAUGGCUGUUGGCUACUCGAGCUCCAAGCUGACCCUGCAUGUUGGCGAUGGAUUUGAAUUCAUGAAACAGAACCAGGAUGCCUUUGAUGUCAUCAUCACUGACUCCUCGGACCCCAUGGGCCCGGCCGAGAGCCUCUUCAAGGAGUCCUACUACCAGCUUAUGAGGACGGCCCUCAAGGACGAUGGCAUCCUUUGCUGCCAGGGGGAGUGCCAGUGGCUACACCUGGACCUCAUCAGAGAGAUGCGGCAGUUCUGCAAGUCUCUGUUUCCCGUGGUGGGUUACGCCUACUGCACCAUCCCCACCUACCCUAGCGGCCAGAUUGGUUUCAUGCUAUGCAGCAAGAACCCCAGCACCAACUUCCGGGAGCCCGUCCGGCCACUGAGCCGGCAGCAGGUGGAGGAGAUGGACCUCAGAUACUACAACCCUGAGGUGCACAGGGCCGCCUUCGUCCUGCCCGAGUUUGCCCGAAAGGCCCUGGAUGAGGUGAGCUGAGCCCAUGGCCACGCCGCCCGGACCUCAGGCGUCUGGCCCCCACCCCCAUCCUUGGACAAGACCCCCACUGACUCACCCGCCAGCCAAGUGUUACAAGGCCCCAGAAUGCUGCCCGGCCUGCCCUGCUGGGCGGACUGUGUCUGUCUCUGUCUGUCUGUCUGGCUGGCACUCAGCCUUCAAGCCUAUACCAGCUGUGUACAGCACCGUGUCCACCUUCAGUCACCUCUCACUAAACGUGUAUUUAUAGCAA